UCCAGCGGUGUUUCAAGCUGUAUAUUCGUCUAUUGUCUCGUUGUUUUGGACGUAUACAUCAAAUGUUCUCAGUGUCGUAUGGAUAUAAUUAAUCCAAAUUGGAAACGGAUGCCAUGAUUUUUGGACCAAUAUGUUAUUUUCUUGUGAUUUUACUGUUUUCUUCAUUUGGCCGGCCGCCUGGACUUGACAAUUCCUGGUCUAAGUGCAUAGGACUAAGUGUUGUGUUGUGGCAUACCUGGAUAUUAAUUAUACAGAUUCCUGCUGUUGUUACGAUAACUGGGGUACAGACGAGAAAGGCGACAAACCUCGGCGGCAGUUUGGUGCUUGAUUGUGAGAUGACAAUAGACAAUAAAAAAGAGGGCAACAGGGUUAUCGAGUGGAAAAAGGACGGCCUCUCCCAGGAGGUUUACCUCCAGUAUAUAGGUUACCAACCGAUCUUGAAUCCACAGUUUGAGGGUCGGAUUAAACUUGUUAACGGGAUUUCGUUGGAGAUCUCACAUAUCCGUGCCGAAGACGAGGGAUGGUAUGAGUGCCAGUACAUUGUUGUGGACGGUGUGAAGGAUAAGACUGGUAACGGUACCUGGGUUUACCUCGAUGUCAACACUCCCCCUAAGAUUACAAACAGCUCGCCUAGUACACUACGUCACCAGCAGGGGGCAACAGUGACACUGAUCUGUCAGGCAGAGGGGUCUCCAGAACCACUCGUAGAAUGGUCCAAAGAUGGAGAGAUCCUUACCAACUCACUUCGUAUCACGUUAAGUCCCGACCGCACCCAACUGACGAUUCGUAGCCUGGAGCGGUCCGAUGGGGGUUCAUAUAGCUGUACAUUCCGAAACUCUCUCGGACAGGUGGCUCAGCGGAUAGAUCUGAUCGUAGAAGGAGCAGCCUAUAUCCUGACCGCACCAGUCAACACCACUGCCAUCUCCGGUCAAAGAAUCGUAUUUACAUGUGGAGCCGACGCCUUCCCUACCAACAUCACGUACCACUGGUUCUUUAAAAACCAGGAUGUGGUCACGAUGCGGGCAUUCAAAACGGGGAGAGUACAAAUCAAGACCACUGGGGAGCUUGUCAUUUCUCCGGUGGAGAAGGACGAUAUGGGGUGGUAUAUCUGUCGGCCGACGAACGGCGUAGGGAGGGAUCCAGAGGCACCAGCCUACCUCAAUGUAACAUAUCUGCCCAAAGUACUCUCUAUGCCGAGUGUUGUCACCUGGGCGCUCGGCCUCCAGGCACAGCUGGACUGUCCAGUGGAAGCUAAUCCAGCGGUCAGCGAGUACAUCUGGACUAAAAAUAACUUUAUGGUGGCCGUCCACCCUGAACGGAUCACCCUAUUGGCCAAUGGUACAUUACUGAUAUACAAAGUCAGCCAAUCAGAUGCGGGAAGUUACAGCUGCCAGCCCGUCAGUCCGCUCGGGAGCGGAGAGACAUCCAAACUCGUCCAAGUGACAGUUCGAGACCCACCCCAGUUCACUCUCCGGCCGUCGGAGCGCUACAUCCAGAUCCCAGGAGAUGAUGUUAUGUUGCCGUGUGCUGCUACGGGUUCUCCGCCCCCAAAUAUACACUGGCGCAAAGUUGGGGGGCAACUCACUUUCGCGUCUCGAAUACAGCUAAUAGGAGGAAACCUCACAAUAAGAAACCUUGACAAGGGGGAUCAUGGGAGAUACGAGUGUGAGGCGGAAAACUCUGUAGCUAGAAUGGUCAUCACCACAGAACUAAUUAUACAAAUGACAACACCACAUGCGCCUUACAAUGUUACAGUAUCUACCAAAUGGUUUGAGGCCACCCUCCGAUGGAUUCCAGCCUACAACGGAGGAAGUCCGCAGUACUAUUUUAUAUGGUACAGAACAGUAAACAGUAUGACCGGCCAGACGACUCAAUGGCAGACGAUGCGCGUGGAACCCCAAAACGCCACCAGUUUUACCGUGUACAUGCUUCAGCCCGACUCCCUCUACCAGAUGAAAGUCCUCGCACGCAACCAAUACGGUGACGGAACCUACAGUGAAACAGUCCAGGCGCGAACACUCGGAAACAGCACCCAAACAACCUCGACAACGAUUGGUAACACAGGAACCCUGCCAACAGCCUUACCCACAGAUCCAACAAACGGCCAGGUGUAUCACCCCUCCUUAGACAAACCCCUAGGACCAAGACCAUUUCCUCCCAAGAAUGUCACAGCCAGAAACGAAAAUGGCGGUAUAAGGAUUUCCUGGCAGCCAGCAAAUGAUGCUAAUACCACCAUAUUUUAUUACGUCAUUGAGAUGACCACAACUAAUCGCUGGGUGAAAUUUAAUGACCAUGUUAAAUUCCCCUUGGCGUCUUAUUUCUACGAAAAAGUUGACCCAUCGACAACGUAUCGGUUCCGUGUAUAUGCCUACAGUGUGCUGUCUUAUAGUUACCCAAGUGCAGUUACCAUAGUAACAACGCCAGCUGCAGUGACUACCAGUAUUAGCAUGGCCGAUUUGGAAGCCGAGCCUUCAGGCAUUUACCUAUCACAGGCAGAAAUUGGAGGGAUAGUGGGUGGGUUAUUAUUUCUUCUCGUCGCCAUUCUCCUCGUUAUCAUCGCUGUUAUAUGCAGUAAACGGAAAGAAAGACACAGAGGAGAUAAAUAUGGAAACGUAAAAUAUAUAGGUCCAGCGGACGAAAUGGAUUCACACAUGCCCAUAAAUAGAACUCAAAAUGCGCCAGAAUGGGAUAGCUGGGACGCGAUUGGAGGAACAGGCUCUUUGAAUAGUAUUGAUUGUGGAAACGGGAUUUUUGUGGUGCCACAUUCCAACGAAUUCUACAGGGAGGACACUUUGCCAGUGAGCGCAUAUUUUCAGGACAGUCGGGUGUUUAAUCCUGACAAGUGUUUGUUUGAUCCCAACAGGAGUGGUCGGAGUGUGUCUCGUAGCUCAAAUGGGAGGCGCUCCCAGACUGGGAGAGGUCGCUUUUCUAAACCCGACACUAGUGGCAAACAGAUAGGUGGGAGAGACAGUGCUAUAUCGGGGAGUGUCGGUGGCGGAGCUAGUGGUGGGUCGGGGGGGCGCUGGACGUCUCCUGUCAGAAAUGACAGUCCCAAGGACAGACCGAGCCUAAAGCUUUCGGUCACCCAGCUACAUGAUACGUCCUACCCCAUGCUCCGCUCGCCUGUGUCAGAUGGAAAUCAUGACAGCGAUGCUGACGAUGAAACGGAUGAUGAGAACGGGUUUGCCCCAAGGAGGCCUCCCCUUCCGAGAGGGUACAGGGUGCCCUACAAGCCGGAGGUGUACAUGGGGCCGCACCGGCAUUGGGGCUGUGGCGACCCCUAUAGUUACCCUGGUGACACAGACGAUGUGUUCAGCCCCGCGGCAGGCAACAGAUCCUUCCCGGAUCGACCAACAUUCCCAAGGCAAAGUUCCAUGAAACCUUCGUCAUAUCAAACAUAUUUGACUGGUGAUCCAGUCAAUGAGAGUUUUGACCCUCGAUUUGGUGUGGAAGAUUUGAGUUCAGUUCAUCCAUCAUUUGUAGAUAGAUCAUUAGAUAGGUCAUCUGAUAGGUCACAUGACACACUGCCGAGGCUACAUCCUCUGUCCAGGCAAGAUUUUACUGUGCCACAGUCAUUCGAGUUUCCUAGAUGGAAGUCGUCUGACAACACUUUACGCGACGAUGGAUCACGAUCUACAUCUAGAGUUCAUUUUGACAAUUCUGAUUUUACAGUGAUUGAAAGAACGUUAGAUGGAAAUUCUGGACGAAGCCGUCAGGUGGCAAGAGUUCCUCCCAACCAGAAAGAUUCUUUGGGAAGAGCAGGUUACACUCGUGAACAUCUCCAGGGGGCAGUGGACCGUGUACGUCGAGGACCGCGCGCUCUACGGACACGCUCGGCUAGCAGGAGUUCCACUCUUGAUCUGGAUCAUAGUUUUGACGACAGGUUACCACCAGUGGUACCAGGGCGAAAGACAUAUUUGUCUGAUAGUGUGCUUCCCCUUAGAACUGGAACAUCGCAAUAUUCCGACCAAGAUGUUCCCGUACCUCCACGCAGAGGCCGACUGUCUCAUUCUGAUAACGAAUCUCCGUCCAGGACAAAUAUAGACCGCCAGGGUUGGCCGUAUGGGUACAACUUUGACAUUGACUCAUUCAAGUCAGAUAGGGGUACUGGAAAUAGAUAUAGUAUAAGCAGCUCAGGGCGAGGAAGUUCCAGCAGUCGAGUGCGUAACUCUUCAGAUACACGUGGCUUCACUGGAGACGACACCACGCCAGACUCUGUCAGCAGUGGUAUUGGCAGUAAGAACACUGGGUCAUCCGGCCCUUGGCGACAACAAAAGAAUAAUAGUGCAUCUGUGACGUCACUUCUUGGUCCUCAUGACACAAGUCAGGACUAUAGCCUACGUCGAGAGGCAUCGGGCGAUGAGAAUUAUGAGUUUGAUGUGAAUGACACACUGAACAAAUAUUCCAGUGUCCACCCCGUUGGAGACGAACUGUUGAGUGCUCUUGAGAGUGGCCUCAGUACGUCCAACUUCUACGAUGAUCUCUACCCAAAACCUACGCGCCAAAGUCGGUAUGACAACUCCGAAGAACGAUUCCAAAAACUUCGUCAGGAAUUCCAUCAGUAUCAGAGACAGGUCCACAAUGAAAGGAUCGUGGACUAUUAUCCAGCUAUGGACAGCGAGAUGUUAUGAUGUAACGACGGGUAUGUGUGAACACGUGUGUUUGGUAUUGGUCAGAAAUGGAAGAUCGUGCCAUUAUAACUGUUGUGCUAGAUAUUAUACUGUUGGGAAAUAAUUGUGUUUGUGUAACUGACGAUAUUUUGAGUAUGUAUGUGCUAAGUGUUUGAAUGUGCUUUCUGGGCCGAUACUGUGGUAUUGUUCCCGAUCUGGACAUGUGUUAGUGUCCUGACUAUUAAAGUUUCAAGAUUAUGAUUCACACAAGCAUUUCAUGUUUACAUGCGGUCACUAUAUGUUUCAUGUCGCUCUGAUAAUUGGUACAAUUUCAUAUCCCUUCUUCAUUUAAAUAACUAAAUAUAUUUGUCCUCGAGUGGCCCUGGUAAAGGCUUCAUUUAAAUUGGCAUCUAAUGCGUUACUACAUAAGACUAAACUUACGUUCUAGAUGGGGACUCUUUUGUUAGGUAUAAUUUUGAACAAAACCAGCUGCACUGCGUACAUUCGGUGUCCACUACCACCUGGUAUGCACGAUGUACCUGUAAUAGCGACUAGCUCUAGGUCGGUGUACCUCUCUUAGUGACCAUCUGUAUUUGGUACGUACGGUUUACGCUUGUUUGCUUUACCUUUGUCAGUGACCGGAUACUGAUGUGUACCUUAGUGAUAAACUGUAUCAGGUAAGUCCAGUGUACUGCCGUCAGUGCUAAGCUGUAUUUGUAACGUUUGAAUUACCUCCUUACCAGGUAUGUUCAGUUGACAUCUGUCAGGGACCAGGCGUACCAGAUAUGUUCAGUGUACCUCUUAGACAAGCUGUACCGGGUAUUUACGGUGUGUCUUUGUCAUCGAACACCUGUACUCUUAGACAAGUUGUACCAGAUAUUUACGGUGUGUCUUUGUCAGUGAACACCUGUACUCUUAGACAAGCUGUACCAGGUAUUUACGGUGUGUCUUUGUCAGUGAACACCUGUACCUGGUAUGUUCGAUGUACCUCUGUCAGUGACCAGCUGUAUCAGGUAUGUUCGUUGUACCUCUGUCAGUGACCAGCUGUAUCAGGUAUGUUCGGUGUUCCUCUGUCGGUGAACACCUGUACCUGGUAUGUUCGGUGUACCUCUGUUAGUGAACACCUGUAUCUUGUAUGUUCGGUGUACCUCUGAUAGUGAACACCUGUACCUGGUAUGUUCGGUGUACCUCUGUCAGUGAACACAUGUAUCUUGUAUGUUCGGUGUACCUCUGUCAGUGAACACCUGUAUCUUGUAUGUUCGGUGUACCUCUGUCAGUGAACACCUGUACCUGGCAAGUUCGGUGCGUCUUUGUUAGUGAACUACCUGGUAUGUUUUUGUCCAUCUGCCAGUCACCAUCUGUAUCAGGUAUGUACGUUGUACUCCUGUGAACAGCUAUACCAAGUAUGUUUUUGUCCAUCUGUCAUUCAGCUGUAUCCUGUAUGUUCGGUGUACCAUUGUCUGUUUCCAUGGAGAGGAGAGAGUGUGUUACAUUCCUUAAUUAACGUGUGCAUAUCAUUUAUUUUAUGGUAUAAUGUACCAAUGUUAGACCUUUUAGGAUAAUCUCAAUUGUACAAUACCUGUAGAUGUGCCAGUUGUUGUGAAUAUACCACGACUGACAAAGAAAACUAUCAUUGAUCCUGCAAUAGAUCGUAAAAUGAAUUAUUAUCGAAUCCAUGCGAUCACAUGACAUGUAGUGAUCACAUGACUUGUAGCGAUCAUUUCAUCGAUAUCACUGAAGUCAAUAUACCUGCUGUUAAAAGCCUUUCUGAGGUUGAUCACUAAGUGUUUUCAUGUUUUAUUUGGUAUCAGACACGGAUUCAGAGGAAAUACUGGUGGCGCAGAUCUUGCGUAUGGCUAGGUUUAGGCUUAUCAUCGGAUUCGUUACCAUUUAGUAGUUAGAAAAUUCUAACAAAACGUUCUUUCACCUAAAACGCAUAUUGUUGAUACGUUGAUCCAUGUGUAAGUAAUGCCUUUACUUGUUCCAUUUUCAUGCAAAGAGUGGUGACAUAACUCAUGUAGCUCUUGUGACACAAAUGUAAAUUACCAAUAUAUCCAUUUAAGGACCCCAUACCACUGCUAACAGCUGUAACUAGGCAUUAAACACUUCUUUUCCAGCAUGGCUGUAGCUUUGAUAAAUCAAUUCUGAAAAGAAAACUAUACCCUGAAAAACAUGGUAAAGAUCAAAUAAACAAAAUAUAAUUAACAACAGUAUUCUGAUUGUUAUAAUAACGCUCAAACCCCCGACUGAGCUGGUCAGCGGAAGUAUCAUGUACCUCAGUAAUAUCCGAAAUGAAAUAAGGGGAAAAUAACUGUAAAUACGAAAAGAACACGGUUCAGUGGGACAGGGAUCCUUAAACUAAUGGUCACUUUGUAAUUAUUUUUAUUAUUUUUAAUUUUUAACCGUUUUAAAAGUCAAGCAAGAAUAAUUUUGCGUGUAUACACCUGGAUCAGUCGAACAAUGAAUUGUUUGUAUACACCUCUGGAUCCGUGUCUGUUGGCCACUCCGAUAUUGUUGGAAACUUGUGUCACACAGAACAAUAUGAUACAUAUCAAUUCAUGUCAGAUUCAGAUGUAUGUUUCAGGCCCACGUGUUAACUGUUGUGAGUGUGAUGAUAUAUAGAAGGUAUAUAUGUUAUCAUGUUUCAGGUCCACGUGUUAACUGUUGUGAGUGUGAUGAUAUAUAGAAGGUAUAUAUGUUAUCAUGUUAUUGGCUCACGUGUUAACUGGUGUGAGUGUGAUGAUAUAUAGAAGGUAUAUAUGUCAUCAUGUUAUUGGCUCCCGUGUUAAAUAAUGUUGCUGGUAGCCAAUGUAAUUCACGUUUUAUGUACUAAACUUUCUAGCUACUAUACUGGUUGUGUUAACAUUAAUUGUCGUCAGGGGAUUGUCUCCCUGACAUAUAGAGCUAUGGUUCGAGAGUUAUAAUUAUAGCCAAUGUUUAUUUAUCACUUACAUUUUUCCUUUCCUUAUAUUGUUUGAAGCCUGUAAAAUACUUUAUUGGUAUUACUAAAUCCUACAUCUAGUCUCUCGUUAUUGGAUGUAUGUUUGGAGACUCUUAGUCUGGAUACUGUUGAUCCGUAACUUCUAUUGGUUAAAAAUGAAUAGGAUGUCCACUUUAGAAAAUAUAGCAUGCUUAUGUGAAAUUGCGUCACGGCUUUGUGUGUAGAUGUGUAUAUUUGCGUUAAUCAAUCUGUUGGUGUACAUGACUGUACACCUUGGUGUGAUAAGAUGUGUGUGUGUGUGAGUCGCACGAUGACGUCAGUCGUCAAGUUGUGCUAUCUGUAUAUGUGAUACUGACGAGGAUCGUAGAGGUGCAGGAUUUACGAGUCGCAUACCAACAACAGUCGCAGGUGUAAGGUAUACGCGUGUCACACGUCAACGAGGUUUAAUGUGUAUGCGUAUUACACGUCAACGUCAGUCAAAUGUGUGAGGUGUAUGUAGGCGUGCUGCACACCGACGACAUUUGUGAUGGUGUUAGUUGUAGAAGUCUCACACCGACGACAGACAGUCCUGUUGUGUUAUUUGUAUGUGUGACAACGACGAUGACACAUUGACGAUAGUUGUAGUAUGAUAAGAUAACGUUGAUCAUACUCCGACAACAGUCGAAAAGGUGUAAGGUGAACGCGUAUGAACCCCAUCGACAUUGAUGGUGUGUUUAGAUAUUCGUAUCACACCUGGCAACAUUGAUGGUGUGCUAAGAUGAACGUAUUACAGCCCGACGACGUUGACGGUGUAUUAAGAUGAACGUAUCGCACCCGACGACGUUGACGGUGUGUUACGAUGCACGUAUCACACCCCGACGACAGUAUUGUUAUUAUGUGUACCUGUGUUAUUCUUUGUACGUAGAAGUGUGUAGAUCACAAUGGUGUUAAAUUGUCGCAAAACAUGGCAGCUACUCUAUUCAGUUUCCCUUGGUUUUAUGUCAUUUUCCUUCCUUUGUUUAUAGUGAUACACAUCACCAUCGGCUUUCUUUUCCAUUGAAUGGUCAUCAGUUACGUAACAGAAUAUUGGCUUAUCCUUCACUCCUUUUAUCAUCAUCGAAACCCUGUACGAAUGCCUCGAUUUCAUUUAUUUAAAGAAAUGCAAUUUCUCAGUUUUAGUUUAUAUUUUUUUACAAUAUACGUUUCAUUAUCAGUUCUAUGUAAUAGCUUUUUACUUUUACAUGCAUAAAUGGCAAUCGUAUUUGUUUCAAAAGUAUGUAUUUACAUUUAAUUUAAUUUAUAUUUUAAUGUAGCUUUUUACUUAGUAUGUCUCAUUUAAGAUUUUAAACAAUAUACUAAUUUGUCACGCUUUUAUUCAACUGAAAUCAGUGUCACAAUUCCGAUGAAGAUGUGUUGUAUUGGGUGUUUACGAAGGAACAAUAAAAGCUAGAUUUAGGUCGUGUGUAUUACCAAUGUUGUAAACAACCAAAGUUUGAUAUUCUGUUUCUCAUUACUAGCGUGACAUACUGUUAUCACUGUGAUAAGGGUAUGAGUUGAGAUUGAUUGUGUGUGGAUGCGUCACCGUUUGUAAUGUACUACUAGUAUGCUUGUCCCAAAUAAUGUUAUGCUACACUCCUCAUUGACGUUUGCUGUCGACCUGUUUACUGAUUUCACAGCGACCCGGAUUACUUUAACUCGGCUAUAUAGUGUCACUGGUACGUCCGAAAUCAUAACAAGGUCAAGAUGAACAGUGACAACUGUAAAGAAGCGUCACUGUCGGGGUCACACGUGCACGUCACGUGGUACUGAGGGCAGCAUCAUCAUUGAGGUCACGUGUUGCGUUUGUUUCCGGACGGAGUGUGAGUGAUUUGUGUAUUAGUCGAAUGUUUGUGUUUACACCGGUAAUGCUUCAUACAUGGGUCGGUGUCCUCUAAAAUCUACCUUUUAUAAUGAAUUACAUGUUUUGUAGAAAA